AUGAGUGCUCCGUCGUCGCCAGAGCGCGCAGCCGCGGAAGAGACCAGGUCCAAAUCGCCAGCCCGCCCGGCCAGCGCGCAGGACGUCGUGGAACCCGUCUCCCAGGACGCCGCGCCAGCCAAUCCCGACCCAAACGUAGAGGACGCCAACUCCCACGACGAAGAAGAAGAAGAAGGCGAAAUAGACGAAAGCUCUGCGAGCCACGCCACAGAAGAGCCAGGCCAUGACGGUCCACCACUGCCCCAGGAACCACCCCCUUCAGGCGACGACGACGGCUGGGACUGCCAAUGGGACCCCAACACCCAGGCGUGGUUCUUCCACAACCGCUUCACCGGCAAGACGCAGUGGGACAACCCGCGCAUCGCCUCCUCCUCCUCCUCCGCGAAUGACCCUGCGGCCACGUCUCAAGCCGCAGCUCCCCAACCGCCAGGGGAACUGCCCCCAGUGAGCGGCUACAACCCCGCCAUCCACGGCGACUACGACCCCAACGCAUGGUACGCCCAAAAGUACAACCAGCCAGACGAGCCCUCUGGCCCGCUUGAAGUCCCAAGCCUCGACGACGGAUACACCUCCGCCGCAGCCUUCAACCGCUUCACAGGCCAAUUCCAGCAUGAAGACAUGGGGCCGGGGCGCCACACGGACGAGGCCAAGUCUCGGCGGCAGAUGAAUGCCUUCUUCGACGUAGAUGCGGCUGCGAAUGCCGACGAUGGGCGUAGCUUGAAGGCGGAGAGGGCCAAUAAGCGUAUCAGUAAGUCGGAGUUGAAGGCGUUCAAGGAGAAGAGGAGAGCAAGGAAGGAGGAGAAGAGGCGGGCUUGGUUACGAGAUUGA